UUCAUAAAUCAAUAUCUGUUUGAUACUUUAAAGAAUUAGCCAUUGUUUCACUUUUAAAACAUUCUCAGCAUCCCUUGUAUGUUUUGAAAAUCUGUGUUGCAGAGAAGCUUAAUAUGGUAACAUUGAGGAGAAUUAUGAUAAUUAUAUGUUUGUGAGUAAAAGACAGUGACGUUAUUCAUUAACAUUUGAGGAAAAUAUCAUAGCACCGUUUGGUAAAAAUAUUUUGAUCUUUUUCAGUGAAGAGUAUUCAAGUAACAGUUAAAAUGGAUAUAUGACGGUGAAACCGGUAGGAAAUAAACAUUUUUCUCUAUUUGUUAUUUAUUUGUGAUGGAGUUUUGCUUUGGAAUAUAUGAACUGGUUCUUCAGACAGAGUGUGGGAGAGACUAAACAAUUGGUGCAGCAUUGCAACUUUUGCUGUACUACAGAUUAUUGCAAGAUAUUUGGAUAUUUAAUUACAUAAUUUUGGAGUGAAAUUUUUAAAGGAGAAAAAAAUGUCGUCUGUAAAGGUAGCUGUGCGUGUCCGUCCAUUUAACAGUAGAGAGGUGGCACAUAAGUCUAGCUGUGUUAUUGGAAUGACUGGAAACACCACUACUAUUACCAAUUUGAAGGCAGGUCCCAAGGAAAACAAAGUGAAGAGCUUUAACUUUGAUUACUCAUACUGGUCUCAUACAACACCUGCAGAUAAGAAUUUUGCAACCCAGAAGAAAGUUUACAGUGAUAUAGGAUUGGAAAUGUUAGACCAUGCAUUUGAAGGAUAUAAUGUGUGUAUAUUUGCUUAUGGGCAGACUGGUUCAGGCAAAAGUUAUACCAUGAUGGGCAAGAGUGAGUCUGGGCAACAAGGAAUUAUUCCACAGUUAUGUGAAGAAUUAUUUAUGAAAAUAAAAGACAUGACGUCUGACAAAGACCUGAAUUAUUCUGUGGAGGUUAGCUACAUGGAGAUUUAUUGUGAGAGAGUUAGAGAUUUACUGAACCCUAGCAACAAGAACAACCUGAAAGUCCGUGAACAUCCCUUACUUGGUCCCUAUGUGGAGGACCUGUCAAAACUGGCUGUGCAAUCCUUUGAUGAUAUCAAUAAUCUUAUUGAUGAAGGAAAUAAGGCAAGAACUGUGGCGGCCACCAACAUGAAUGAAACAAGUAGUAGAUCACAUGCUGUAUUUACAAUAAUAUUAACACAGAAAAGACAUGAUGCAACCACAAAUCUUACUGGUGAAAAGGUCAGUAAGAUAAGUUUGGUAGAUUUAGCAGGAAGUGAAAGAGCUGAUUCAACAGGUGCUACUGGAACUAGACUGAAAGAAGGUGCUAAUAUAAACAAGUCAUUGACAACACUCGGAAAAGUUAUCUCAGCGCUUGCUGAAUGUAGUGUCCUGGAUAACAAAUUAUCAGCUACAAAAAAGAAAAAGAAGGAUAACUUCAUACCCUACAGGGAUUCUGUACUAACAUGGCUGCUGAGAGAAAAUUUAGGUGGAAAUUCCAAGACAGCCAUGAUAGCAGCUUUGAGUCCAGCAGACAUAAAUUAUGAUGAAACUCUUAGUACUCUAAGAUAUGCUGACAGAGCCAAGCAGAUCAUGUGUAAAGCUGUUGUUAAUGAAGAUCCUAAUGCCAGACUUAUCAGAGAGUUGAAGGAAGAAGUAGCCAAACUAAGGGAAAUCUUACAACAUGAGGGUAUUGAAAUUGAAGAAGGUACAAUAGCUAAGAAGGAAGGAACCAGAUCUAGAAAGCAGUCAGUUGCUCUGGAUGAAAAGGAAGAUGCUUACGAAAGACUUCAAAUGUCCGAGAAGUUGAUAGCAGAACUUAACCAAUCGUGGGAGGAAAAACUGAAAAAAACAGAUGAAAUAAGGAAAGACAGAGAGAAAGUGUUAGAAGAAAUGGGUGUGGCAUUAAAAGAAGAUGGAGCCACUAUUGGUGUAUUCUCACCUAAAAAGACCCCACAUCUAGUUAACCUGAAUGAAGACCCCCUAAUGUCUGAAUGUCUUUUGUACUACAUAAAACAAGGGACGACCAAAGUAGGUGGAGGGGGUCAUCAGGACAUACAACUCACAAGUACUACUAUACUGGACUUGCAUUGUUAUUUCGAAUGGAAAGAUGGAACUGUAACAUUGAAACCAUGUGAAGGAGCUCUUUGUUAUGUUAAUGGUAGGAAGGUGGACGAGGCCAUGGACAUGAAGACUGGUGCGAGAGUAAUCCUUGGCAAACAUCAUGUCUUUAGGUUCAAUCAUCCAGAACAAGCACGACAGAGCAGAGCACACCUAAUAGACUUUGACCAGAUUGAUACCACUGGGUCUGAACCAGUUGAUUGGACAUUUGCACAGUUAGAAUUAUUAGAAAAACAAGGAGUUGAUUUGAAAGAAGAUAUGGAACAAAGAUUGUUUGCAAUUGAAGAACAGUAUAAAAAGGAAAAAGAAGAAGCAGACAUGUUAUUUGAGCAACAAAGAAAGGAUUACGAGACGCGUAUACAGAAUCUACAGGAACAGGUGGAGACUUACUCCAUGAUGUCAUCAGUAUGUCACAUGGAAGAUGUUACCUCAGAAGAGGAACAACAAGAGUAUACAUGGACAGAGAAAGAAAGACAACUUGCUGCCUGGGCAUUCAGAAAAUGGAAGUAUCAUCAGUUUACAUCUCUCCGGGAUGAUUUAUGGGGUAAUGCAAUAUUCCUGAAAGAGGCCAAUGCAAUAAGUGUGGAACUGAGUAAAAAGGUUCAGUUCCAGUUUGUGUUGCUGACUGACACCCUUUACUCUCCACUGCCUCCAGACCUACUGCCAUCUGGUGAGAGGGACAUUGCUAGGCCAUUCCCAAAGACUGUUGUAGCUGUAGAAGUCCAAGACACCAAAAAUGGGGCCACACAUUACUGGUGCCUUGAUAAACUUAAACAACGUUUGGGACUCAUGCGAGACAUUUAUAAUGAAGACCAUUCACCAGAUUCGCCAGUACAAAAACAGGAUUUCUUUCAGUGUCUGAUGGGAUGUAAUCCAAACCAAAAUGUCUUUAAUUUUGCUAAUUUAAUACCAUCCAGGCAGAGAUUGGAAUUGAUGAGAGAGAUGUAUCACAAUGAAGCAGAGUUAUCCCCGACAUCCCCAGAACCUAACAUGGAUAGCAUGACUGGCGGUGAUCCAUUCUAUGACAGAUUUCCAUGGUUUAGACUAGUAGGAAGGGCUUUUGUAUACCUGAGUAAUUUGUAUUAUCCUGUGCCAUUGAUACACAGAGUUAAUAUUGUCAGUGAAAAAGGAGAGGUCAAAGGGUCGAUACGGGUAGCUGUUCAAGCCAUUACAGGCAAAGAAGAGACCCCAGACUAUACUCCUGGAAUAAAACAGUUCGGAAAUGCCAAGAUUUCAUUUAGAGAUGAUGACUAUUUUAAGAAGAAACAAUUGUAUGACAAAGAACCUCAAGCUGCUCCGUCUACUGAAGAAUUACGAUAUGUAGAGGGUGAAGGACAAAGUCCAGACAAUCAUAAUGAUGAAAUGAAUUGUAUUAAUACAGAGAAGACAGUGAUUACUGACAUAUUCCCAGAGAUAAAUGAAAAUGAUCUUCCAGGACAUCUAAAACUUGGUUCUCAACUGCUGUUUAGAGUAACUAUACUAGAAGCUACUGGGAUACCUAUUGAAUAUGCUGACAUAUUUUGUCAAUUCAACUUCCUGCAUCGUCAUGACGAAGCUUUCUCAACAGAGCCUCUGAAGAAUUGUGGUAAAAAUAAUCCAUUAGGAUUCUACCACGUACAGAAUUUUACAGUGACAGUAACAAAGUCAUUCGUAGAUUACAUAAAAAGUCAGCCACUAGUAUUUGAAGUAUUUGGACAUUAUCAACAACACCCUCUUCAUGAACAAGCCAAAGAUUUUUCAUCUCAAAAUAGCAUUAGACCUCCACCUAGAAGGAAUUUCCCACCCAUGAUUCCUGUGUCAAAGCCAGUUCCGUCACCAAAGUUUGGAGUUCUUGUUCCUCCUAGUGGUAGAGGUAGAAAGAAAAAGAAAAAACGAGACUUAUUCAUUGAUACUGCUAAAGCAUCUGGGAAGAGUGCCAGUCACAUUCACUCCAGAUUUGAUUUACUUGUAUGGUUUGAGAUCUGUGAAUUAGCUCCAAAUGGAGAAUAUGUGCCAGUAGUUGUUGACCACAGUGAGGAAUUCCCCUGUACAGGAACAUAUCUACUACACCAAGGUAUUCAGCGUCGUCUAGCAAUAACCAUUAUGCAGGAACAGAGUCCAGAGACUGACCUUCUUUGGAAAGAUGUUAAGGAAUUGGUUGUUGGACGUAUCAGGACUACCCCAGAAUAUACAGACUUUGAUCUUGAAACAAAUGUCUUAUCUCUAAGUUUGUUUCCGGCAUCUUACAUACAGUACCCAGGAGAUGAUAGGAUCUAUUUCCGAUUUGAAGCUGCUUGGGACAGUUCCCUACAUAAUUCUAGUUUACUGAACAAAAUCACCUCCACAGGAGAGAGAGUAUACAUGACACUGUCAGCCUAUAUUGAGGUAGAGAAUUGUGACCAGCCAACUUGUAUAACAAAGGAUCUAUCCAUGAUUAUCUAUUCCAGAGAUACUAAAAUAGCUACUUCCAGAUCUUUACGAAGUUUAUUUGGUGGGUUAAAAUCUCAAGAUGCUAACAGAGUCAGUGGAAUUUAUGAGCUGUACUUACGGAAAGCGUCUGAAACAGGUAGUCCAGGUGCUCAGCGUAGACAGAGAAAGGUUCUGGACACGUCAGCAACCUAUGUAAGAGGGGAGGAGAAUUUAAAUGGGUGGAGACCCAGAGGUGAUUCACUUAUAUUUGAUCACCAGUGGGAGCUAGAGAAACUCACAAGAUUAGAAAUGGUGGAGAGGUGCAGACAUGUGUUACAUCUCCGUGAAAAACUUGCCGAACAAAACAAAUCACAAGAACUAAGCAAACUUGACAAAGAAGUCACAAACAAAGCAAAAGCCAAAGAAAACUUAAAAAAUAAAGAAAAUGAAACUGAGAAAAUUGAAGAAAAGGCAGAUGACAAAUCGAUGGAGAAAUGGGAGAAAGAUGAAGCCGAGAAAACCAAGAGAUGUAGUAGUCUGUACAUAUUUACAACAGAUGGAGAUAAAGACAAAGAACUGAUGGCCAAAUGUCUGAGGUUGAUCCUGUAUGGAAGAUUACCGGCAAGUCCCCCUCCAGUCAAGACCCCAAUGAAUGAGUCUGUUAUAAGUAUAACCUCAGCCUCCAGUGACAGUGAUGUUAUAACCAGUGUGACAGAUUCUAUGGGUAGUAGUAUGAUAACAUCAUCUGCCUCAUCAGAAAUGUUUAGACCAAAUAUAGGUCAGCCAUCAAUCCAACUGUCAAAGUCAUGUGAUAGUUUAUUAUCCUCUUCCUCAUCUGAUGUCAAUGACAGGAAGUUGUCAUUACCCAUAAAACCUAACCGUGGGGAUGGGGAUGACAGAUUACAUGUUCCUUACAUUGAGGAAGUGAGAGUUAGUCCUGUUGUCUCCAAGAAAGGCUACCUCAACUUUUUGGAGGAGAAGCACAGUGGAUGGAUGAAAAAAUGGGUGGUUGUUAGACGUCCUUAUAUUUACAUAUAUAAUAGUGAGAAGGAUCCAGUAGAACGUUCCAUUAUAAACCUAGCCACUUCACAGAUAGAGUACAGUGAAGACCAACAGUCUCUCUUAAAGACAAGGAAUACAUUCUCAGUGUUAACAAAACACCGUGGAUUCCUGAUGCAGACAUUGGAUGACAAAGAUUUCCAUGACUGGUUAUAUGCUAUUAAUCCUCUUCUGGCUGGCCAGAUCAGGUCUACUCUGUCUAGACGUAAAGACCCUGUACUUUUGUAAGGAAGAUUUUGUUGCUGAGUGAUAUUUAUAGAACAUUGAUUUGAUUGGCUGAAAGAUUAUUACAGAACAGCAGUUAAUUUAAAUCGUCAUUGUGAUUUGUGGAAAUUCCAUUUUAAUUGUAAAUACAAAAUCAUGAUAGAUAAGAUAUUGUAUUCAUGUGAUCUCAAUAUUUCAGUGUUAUGUGCAAUAUAGAAGCUAAGCUUUGAUGUAAAAAUCAUUAGAUUAUGAAUUUAUAUAUCUCUGUUCUGAAAAUUCUUGAUAAGGUACAGUCAAACCUGCAUUUAAAGGUCACCUGAUUGAUCUGAGAAAAAUUACCUCAUAAGAGAGGUGACUUUGAAUUGAGGUUGAAAAUACACCAGUAUUACUACAGUUGGACUGGACAAAACCAGUUUUUCAUUAAUUAAGGAGUUACCUUAUAGCAGGUUUGACUGUAAAUAAAAAUAUAUGAAUGAACAUGGAAAGUUAAUGUUAUACAAAGUAUGUAAUCCUCCAGUCUGGAGGUAUAAAUUUCAGAAAGUUUUCCUUAUGAAAAUAUUUUGUCUUAUGAUGAAUUGGCAAGAAUGUAUUUGUUUGUCAAGAGGGAAGAUAUGGAACUAUUCGAAUCUACUGAUAUUAGAUCCAUUUUCAUAAUGUCAACUUUAAAAUCUUCUUAUGUCUGUGAUGUGUAAAAUAUCAAUGUAACUUUAUUUAUGAUUUACUAUUCUUAUAGUUUUUGAAGUCAUUAUGGUUUCAGUCUUUGCUCAAAUUCCUUGAAAAAAUGCACUAUUGAAAUACAAGGUUUUUAUCAACCACAGAACACAUUAAAACUAUAUUCCUUGAAUGAAAUUUCUUUCACAGUAGUUGAUGUAAGAAAGACAGUUUGCAAUGGUUAAAUUCCUGGAAUUGUUAUUUUUCAUUGAAUAUGAAUCAGGGAUUUAAUUUUAUUAAAUUGGAAAGACAUGACUCCUUUAAGGGAAGUAACUCUGCAAGGUGCUAAAAAGUUUUGUAUAAAAACGAAAAUUUCAGAACAGAGAUAUCAGUUGUUAUUAAUAUUAUGUACAUUUUGUUAUCAUUUAAUGAUUAAUGUUGUAAAUAUUUCAUCUUAAUAUUAUUAUUGUUAUUACUUCAAGUAAAAUUGUUACAAAAAUUAAGAGAAAAAAAGGAAUGUCUUUAAAUAUUUCACCAUUUUUUUUAGAAACAAAACUGUACAAGUCUACUUAAUUGCAUAUAUAUCUUAUUGGUAUAUUUUGCUUAAGAACAAAUAUCUUAGAAUAUUUGUUUCUUAUAUUAUUCAAAUCAGCAUUUUUUUAUGAUCAGCGAUAUUUGUAAGUGUGAGAAAAGACUAGUAAAAUUCAGAUAUGAUUUGAUUAAAAUUCUGAAAGUCAUGCAAAGAAGUAUCAUUAAAUAAUUUCGUAUUAUCUUUAGAUAAUGCAUACACCACUCCAAUGUGAAAUAAAAAUCUGUAUUGUUUCUACAGAAUUUUUAUUGGCAGUUAGAAGUCAAAUGAAUUUCAGUUUUUGUGUAAUCAAUUGAAUUUUAUUUUAAAAUGUCUGUAUAUUAAAUAGAUAGGUAAAAGAUUUGCAACAUUUGAAUAACAUGUUAAAUCUAAAUGCAUGUUUUAAAGGUAUUAUAUUAGCCUGCAUAUUACAUGCUAUUGUUUUUAUCAACUCAGCACUGGUACGCAGUGUAUAAAAUCAUUAUAGUUCAAAAUUAGCUUCUGAAAGUUCCCAAACUUAAAACAAGCGAAAAUUUGAUUAACAUGACUUCUUAGUUCUACAUGACAAAAUUGUGGUGUAAUUUUUCAUCGUAUAUUUUCAUUGUAAUAAAAAAUCAUAAAUUAUAGAAAUUAAAUAUCGACUGUUGUUUUGUAAACUUUAGUCUUGUAUUUCACUUUCAGAUAGAGUAGUCUAUAUGAAAUAUACAUUGUAGCUCGUAUUGUUGUUCAUUUUGUCAAUUUAUUAACCAAAAUAUUCUUCAAUGUAACAUGCAAUUAUAUAAAGUCAAUGCAUUAAUUGGUUAGUUAUUUCAUGGGUAAAAACAAGAAUUGCAUUGAUUUAGAGACUGAGAACAAUUUUGCUUGAAAUUCACUUUUGUUAAAUGUUUUGAGUGAUAUACUUAAUUAUUACAUUGGUUGCAAUGAAUUACCGUGAUUUCCCAGUAAGAAUAUAUCUAACAUACAUUUGGUAUCAUAAUAUUUUGCUAGUUUAUUCUUGUUGGUUAAAGAAAGAAGCAAUUUGUUGAGUCAACCUUUUACUAUAACAAAAUGGCCAAAUACAACUCUGAUAAAAUUGUCAUUCCAAGCUUGCUGUGAUAUGAGUAUUGGUUUCAAAUUUGUGAAUACAGACAGAUUUAGGCACAGCUAAAUAUUUCUAUGAAUGUGGGCAUAGAUGUAAGAUAUCGCAUUGCAUUUAAAAGGCAUUUUAUAAAAAUGUAUAAUUUUUAUAGCCCUCCUCUCGACGCUUUUGUAAGGUUAUAGCUUCUGGAAAAAUUUACCUUCCUUUUUUAAAGACUAAAUUGUUAAAAAAAAAGAUGCCCACAUUGAUAGUCAUAGCAAAAAUAGAAUAUUUCAAAGUGGUUUCAAGUUUUUCUGUGGAAAAGAUGAUACAUGUUGUCCGACUUCAAUGUUUCUAUGAAGCUGACUUUGUCUUGCUAUAUUGGUGCAUUCAUUCAUGUUCAAAUUCUUAGCCAGUCUUGAACAAAUGUUAAUGUUAUUACAUUCAUUAAACAUCUCUGAUCAAAUUCAAAUCUUAAGCUGUGUAUAACAGGCUAUCUUAUGUAGAUACAUUUUGUUUCAUGCUUAAUCUUUAGUAAUAGUGUUUGGGGAAUCCCUCAUGAAGUAGUUGUCCAGACCUGGAGACUAAGAUUUUCAUUUGAACUUAAUUAUUAAGUUAUCUGUACUGUAUUGAAAAUUAUGUUUAUAUUAUAAUAUAUUUACAAUGAUGAACACAACUGUUGUACGGAAUAUUUCUGUAUUCUUUUAAACAGGUUCUUAACAGUUUGAUAAAUUAUGAUAAACCAAAUGUUAAUUAAAUUUGCAGUGAUAUGUAUUCCUUUCAUUGCAUUUGGCAUUUUCCAUUAAAUCAUUAGAAAAACAUUUUCUAACCCUUUAACCUGUUGACUACAAUAUUAAUCCACUCCUGCAUUUAAAAUUUUAAAAUUUAACUAUCUUGAAUGGAUAAAAUAUAACAAGGUUAUGUGGUAGAAACUUAAUGUAAACAUUUCAAUGCAAACUUAUAUGCUUAGAAUAGACGGUGAAAUCUUACAUUUAUCCAGGUUAUGUUGUAAAUCUUUGAAUGACAUUCUGGUCUUUUUAAAGUCACAUGAUCAAUUAUGGUACAGAUUCUUUAAUACUUUUGUCACUUUCUUAUAGGUUUUGUUUUUGACUCUUUUUCUUAGUUAUAGUUACAGAAUUUUCGAAUUAUUAGUUUAAGCUUAAAUGUGCCAAAUAAUUUUUACCAAGCUUUUAAUGUAGAUAUUGUAAAUGUUAAUUUAUUAAUGAAAAUAGUAUGUAGUAAAUUGUGUUCAAUUGUGUAUUAAGUACAGAUAACAGUUAAAACAAGUUAUUUUUUCUGAAAUUAAGAAAAAAUAAUCUAAAAUGAUUAAGGAUUUAUGUUGCAUCGUAUUUUAAUUUUUUUUUUAAUUUUAAAUGCCAGUUUGUGCAUAACCUGUUCAUAUAUAUUGCUGGAAAAUUUCCAUCACAAAAAUUAUAUUUUAUUUAUUAUUUUUUGCUUGAAUAAGGAUUUUUUGCUAUUAUUAAACAGGAGACAGUUUGAUGUAUGCUAGUGUUGUGAUUUUUUUUCAGUGAUUUAUUUGUUGCUUACAUAUCAUGAACAAGCAAAUAGUCAUUAGAUAAAUCUACCUCUUAAAUUAAAGAAUUCCAGUUGAAUGAAAAAAGAAAAAAUUAUGAAAAUUUCAUCAACCACACAAAAUAUACAUUUGAACUUUGAUUUCUCAAACGCACAAGGAACUGUUUUAGAAAUAUGGGUGCUCUAGUUCUUCAGGAUUUCUUGUUACAGAAUUAAAUGCAUUUUGUGUAAGAUUUUAAAAUUCGAAAACUCUUUAACAUGGACAUUUGACCAAUGGCGCCAUAUUAUUUUAAUUUUGGUGUACUAACAAUGAAAAUAUCCAUAAUCCUUUAGACUCUGAAACAGCAAAUAAGAACUACUUAUAAGUGUUUUAGAAAUCAAAAUUCUGUGUCAUGUCAUUACCAAGGGAGAUAGUUAUUUAAUUGUCUCCCCUUGAAGGUUCAGCUAAAAAACACAAAUGAAAAUAAAUUGAAUGGGUAUUAUUUGCAUGGUGCUUGUUUUCUUUAUAUUUUUGCAAGCUUAUAUCUUUAAAGGAAGUAGUGUAGCAGUGAAAAAAAUUAGAUAUUAUUAUAAGUCGUCAUAAACACCUAAACUUGUACUUGAAAGGAAAAUCCAAGUGAAUAAAAGUUAAAUAGUUCAUUACAGAAUGACUGAAAAUUUGAAGGAAAGUCAUAUAACACCUAGAUUGAUAAUAUUAAUAAAAAAGUUAAAAAAAAAAUGAGUAUAAUUUUUUUUUAAGAUAACUCCUCAAAAAGAGAAAAUAUAAUACUGUAUGGCAAUCUUGUCAUUGCUGACAGUUCCCUAAGUCUAUGUACAAACAGUGCCUUCUUGCAAUAACCUUGAAAUUUUAAAGGUUAAGUAAUGACCUUGAAAAAUGUCAAGGUUAAGUAAUGACCUUGAAAAAUGUCAAGGUUAAGUAAUGACCUUGUAUUCUACAAGGUUGUUUUUUCGUUUACAGGGGGCACUCAAUGUUACAUAGAAAUGUGAUAGCUUGUAAUCUGGUGAAUUUUUAUAUCAGAAACCCUAUACUUGUAUUAAAUUUUAAUAAUAAUAUUUAAUAUGUUAAACAUGUAUAGAAUUAAUACCAAUGUAAUCUAUAUUCUUGUCUGUAUCAUGCAUGAAACAAAUAUUUUGUUACUUUCAAACAUUAUUUAGUUUGUAGGUUAUCGUUUUGAGUUGGAUUCUUGGUAUAAAGUGAAAAAUAUUUUUAGUUGAUUUGAACUGAAAAUACAAAAAUCUGAAAUCCGUCUACUUUCAUUUUGAACUUGGUUUCAAUUUACUAUUGUGUGUCUAAUUUCAAGUUGUCAUUGAAGUGUAUUUAUUGACGAAGUUUUUGUAAUUUUUUUUUCUUAAAUUAUUAAAGUAUGACAACAAAAUUCAAGUUAUUUCGUCCACAGUGGCAUACUGUUUUUGACAUCAUUGUAAUUCAAGUAUAUCUACCUGAAUUCUGAUAUAGUUAUAUCAAUAAUCACUUAAUUUUGAACAUAAGAAAUUUUGAAAGUAUACUAGUUAGCAAUUAUUCAACUUAGAUAUUGAAUUUUUUUUUUUUACGGUUUGAAACAGAAAUCCUGUAGUACUGUUUAAUUUCUGAAAAUUUUGACAAGAAUUCCAUUUAGUUUUGACUACUCAAAUAUAUUGUACCUGGCUAUAUUUGUGACUUUUACCUGGCUGUAUUUUUGACCUUGUUUAAACAGAUUAUUGUCUGGUUUAUGAUUUCCAAUUUGUGUUCAUUGAAGACAAUGCAUUUAUAGGAGUUGACGAAGUGUACCGAUUGAAACCAAUUAGAAGAAAAACAUAUAAAGUAUCUGGAGCGUAAUCAAAAUAAUCAUUAAAUAUUUAUAAUUUUUGAAAGAAAAAUUAAACAAUAAAUAAUAAUAUGAUUAACUUUAUAUUAUGAAAUUUUCAUUAGUACGAAAAAACAUAAGACCAGUCUUAUUUAAAUUUUCUGAAAAUAAAAAUUUACGAGAUGGAAACAGUUUCGAAAGUUUACAAUGUUUGCAAAGUUCAGAUGUUUAUUUAUAUAGCUCAAAAGGUUUUAAACGAUUUCAAAAUUUUAUAACUUCAUAUUUAGAUAAUACAAUACCUAUAUUUUUAUGCCAUUGCUGAAUAGGCUGUGGUUCCCUUGGGAAUUAACAGUCCACCAGAAGAGGUAUUGACCCUGUGGUAGUAAUAACAUAAACCGUACCAACGUUACUGCACCAGAUGCACAUUUCAACAAUCAAUGUAUCUACAGUGAUGCUCAAAGCCAAAAUAUUUGAUAAAUCCAAAACCUUAAAUAAAUUUUGACAAUCUGAUAAAACCAUAAAAAACAAAAAUAUAGCCUAACCCAUACAAGGAAAGAAUGCAGAAGUAAAGGACAUUAUCUUGAUUAAGGCCAGAAAUUUGGAAAGUCUUAUCUUUAGUAAGAUUAAGAAAAUAGAAAAAUGAACUACUGAGAAUGGGAUAAGUUUUAUAUAUCAAACUUUUUCCAUAAGACUGUUAUGUGAAAACUCUUUAUGGAAUGUUUUGUUCUUUGUAAUUUGGGUUAGCUUAGGAUUCCUGUCAAGCAAAAACUAGCUGAUUUAACAAGAAAUACAGUGUUCCAUAAUGUUCCAUAGAUCCAGUUAUUUUGGGCCAAUGAAUUUAGAAUGUACAAUCUUACAUAGGUCCAUCAAACAAACAUUUGUGUCCCUAUUGAAUCCUGAUGAAGACUUUCAAGAAUAUCAGAUUUUUCAGAAAUAAAGAAAUUUAACAACCAUGACGUUGACCACUCCUUUACUCUAUAUGGGUGUACCAGUAAAUCCUUUUAUACCAUGGUACAUAUAUUUUAGUAGUCAUAACUUAAAACUUGUGAUGGUAAUAGUACAAUGAUAUUAUUUGCUGUUUAUUAUUUUAUUACACAUUUAUUUACAAAAUGUAUUUACAUAACAGUAUACAAAUAUGUGCAAUAUUCCUCAGAUGUUAUUGUUUAUGUAUUGUUGCCAUGGCAACAGUUGUGAUCUGUACAGCUUUUUGUUGAUGUGAUAUUGCAGACAUUAAAAAAUCAAACUAAAA